AUUAAUCAGGAUUAGGGGACAAAAACACCCACAAAAUGUUAUAUGCAUCCCCUAUAUUAUUUCCAUCUGCUAAUUAUUAACACCAAUGUAAUAAAACCACAAAGGUUUUCUACAUAGUCAUUCAAGUUUCCAUAACACAUCCCUCAACAGAGCAGUAAAUUUAGCAAAGUGUUAAUCAGUCAGUAAUCAAUACCAGGCAAACACUGGUUGUAGACUUUGUAAAAGCAAAGGCUCUUUGUGUUUGUGCUUCCCUGUCCCACGGGUGGGAACCCCUGGAGAGAGAACACCAAAGAAACGGGGACCAGAGAGGAGGGAAGGGAUCGGGACUGUCAGCGCUGCACAGGAAAUCUGGAACUUCACAGCUCGUGGUGAACCACAGUCAUCAGGCCUUCAUCUUCCACGAGGAACGUGGGCUGGCUCUGAUCCUCCCUGAGGAACAGGUACAAGGUCGUUUCCAUGGAACAUUCAGGAGUGGGGUUAAGGUGUUUUCUGCCUUCUUCACAUCUAAACCAUCAGUGGAAGGCUCUGCUUGCCACGCACCUGGUUUGAGGCCCUGUGGUGCCCGCUGGCAGAGUGGGCAGGUGGAUGUUCUGGUCCCACAGAAGGUCAUGGCAGUGAACUCUGGAUCCAGGGGUGGCUCUCCCUCCAUGCUCAGCUCAGCCAUUUUUUGGCUCAGGAAGGGUUUUGUCUGUUGUGAAAGGGCAGAGCUGGAGUGCAGGGGCAACUGGGAGAAAGCUGAACCAUUGGCUUUCCCAACAAACAAGGUCUGGAGUGUCAGGAACGAGUAGGAAUUGGCUGUGAGUUCAGGGAGAACGUGGCAGGGAAGAAACCAGGACAGUGGAAUCCCCUCAUCCUUGCAGUGCCUGGUCUGUCCUGUGUGUACAAUGUGUGUCCAUGACCUUGCAGGUGACACCAACCCACCUGCAGCUCACCUUUUGUGGGAUUCUUGUUUUCAUCACGUGGACGCAGCUUUUUCUCCCGUGGUUUCAGGCACAGCUCAGUUCCUCAGGGUGCUGUCAGCACAAAGGACACUUGGUUGCUCUGCAUCACACCCAGGUAAGGGUGUCUGUUGUCCAAGGGUUACUGAGCAGAGCUGGGACUCAGAUCCUGGACAGAAUUCCCUGCUUUAAGGAACGUCCCAGCUGGGGCUUGUCCUGAGGGCAGUUCUGAGACUGUGAGCUCAGCGGGGUGAAGAUGGAUUUUCCACAACAGCCACUUGAAUCAUCACUAAAACUUCAGCCUGAAGCUUCUGGUGUCUCUUUCUCCGUCUCUUCAACGUGUUCAGUGAUUAUUUCCUUCUCCACAGGCCCAGUCAUCAGGCUAUCCUUAAAGAAUUUUGAACUCCCGAUGUGAUCACUCAUCCUCUCAAGAUGUGGCCAGAUUUUGCUGCUGGCAGAGGUUGUUUGCAGCAGCUCAUCCGCGCGGCAGCAAAUGUGUUUUCCAGUUUGGGCUGUCCUGGCAACUCGACGUUAAUUGGCGAUGCCCUGAGGUGGCAACCCAAAUAUUUAAAAGCACAGGUGGUUAAAGUUUAAUCCACCAUCAUGAUGAUGAUGAUGUGGCAACAGAUGCUGCGUGGCAGGAUCCAUUCUGCGCCUGGAGAACGAGGUGGCAGCAGCAGCUCUCGCGUGGUGUGGUCUCUGACAGAGUGCGGGAUGAGUAAAGCCGACCUCACUGAGGGCUGAAAGGAGGAUCUUCCACCAUGAAUGGACUCCCAAACUGCUCUGCUAACUACACAAACAUCUGGAAUCAUUCUCUGGUGCUUGCCCUGGGCAUCCCCCAGCUGACCAUCAACGUCGCGUCCGUGCUCUUCAACUGCACCGUCAUCUUCAUGCGCCUGGUCACCAAGGACCUGCACAAGCCCAUCUCCAUUCUCUUCUGCAAUUUGGCCGUUUCCGAUCUCUUCACCAGCUUCUCUGGCUUUUGGAUUUCUGCGCUGUUCAUCACCAACCCCGACAUCACCAUCUUUGGCUCCAAGGACAUGCUCGCCCCUUACGCCCUGUACACGACGUCCAUUUUAUCCACCAUCUACAACCUGGUGAGCAUCGGGGUCGAGCGGUACCUGGCUGUGGCCAAGAGCAUGAGGACGAGGUUCAGGGUUGCCAGAAACCAUUCCAUAGCCGUGGUUUUCAUCAACUGGGUCCUCGCUUUCUUUCUGGGCUGCUUGCCCCUGAUGGGGUGGAACUGCCUGCACAAGGAGGAGAAAGUCUCGGUCCUCUACAGCCCCUUCUGUGUCGACUACCUCAUCUUCAUCUCCAUCCCCAACGUCGUGGUGGCGUUUAUCAUCCCUCUGUUCACCUACCUCAGGAUCAUCAUCAUCCUGAGGAGGAGGAAGCUGAGGAUGAAGGCGUGCGGGCAGGCCACGGGCACCUACAAAUCGGCUGAGACCCAGGUGGCCAGGACCAGCAUCUUCAUCUGGCUGCUGGCGCUCAUCUCCUACGCCCCCUUCUUCGCCGGGGUCAUUUUUGACGCCACCAACCAGCGGUGCCACAUCGACCUCUACCCGGGCGUCUACAUCUUCAGGAACUGCACGGCCGUGCUCAUCACCAUCAACUGCCUGGGCAACCCCCUCAUCUACACCCUCAAGCUCAAAACCCUGGGGGCCAAGCUCAAGGCUCUCAAGUGCCUCUCCGUCGGCCGCGUCCGAGCCUGUGCCAUCGAGCACAUCUAGGCGGGGCUGCCCCUGCUGCGGCGCUGCCGCUGGGCCUGGAGCCAGGGACAGCCCUGCAGCCCCUCCAGAACCACAGAGGUUCCCAGAACAUGUGGAUGGGGCACCUGGGGGCACGGAUUAGUGGUGGGAUGGUGGAUGGACUUGGUCCUGGAGGUCUGCUCCAGCCUCGACGCCGGGCUCUGUGCCUCCCCACGCCCUCAGCAGCGAGAGGCUGUUCUGCCUGGCUCUCCCUGGGGAAGCAGGCAGUGUGUACCCCUGCUCUGCUUUGCCUCCAGCUGGGAUCAGGGAGCUGCUUUCCUGGGAGAUAAAAAUAACCCCAUUAGCCCUGUUUACUCUGCCUUCGGAAAUCGGCGGCCGCUGCUGCGCUCGCUUCGCUGCCGACGCUCCCGUCCCCCUCGGGUGGUUUGGAUGGCUUUGAGGGCAGUUUAAUGGCUGGAAAAUUCUCAGCAGUUGGGGAGCGAAAUUGUCGGUUUACUUUCUCAUUUACGCUCAGUCGAGUUGUCCCUUUGACUGCUGGGUGGGUCUUUGUUAGCGGGGCACUCAGCCCUGUUCUCCUGGUGUCCUUCUAACUGCAGUGUGGAGCUGGGUUAAGUGUUUUUGUGGGACAUCCGUGGCUACAUCUUUCAUAUUUCUGCUUAUAGAGGCACACUCGAGUCCAUGGCUUGUGAAAUUCGUGCUGUUCUGGGUGAAAACCUCGGCUGGAUCCUUCAGGAUUAAACUGAAGUUGAGUUGCCUGUAAAAAAACAAAAUAAAGAUGUCAAGACCA